UAAUUCGAAUAUCGUAAACCACAAAACCAAACACAAACAAGAACAAGAAAAAAAAAAAAAAAACAAGCGCGCCGUCGCCGUUAGUUUAUAAAACAAGUACCGUUAUGGCAAAGAACCGGAAAAACCCAAGACACCGGUUCAAAUACUUGCGUGGACUCACCCAUUGACCCCAUCACCUUCGUUUUUUUCCGUUAAAAAGACAAGUUGGUUUAUAAUAUCUUUUACAAAAAAAAUAUAUAUAUAUAUAAUAAAUAAAUUAAAAAAUCAGCCCUAAAGACGAAGUCUCCGAGAACCUUCCUUCCCUCCAUUAAUCAUCUUCGUCUUCGUAGUAGUUGUUUUCUUGCUGUAUUAUACACUUGAUGAUUUGGGAAUGCUAUGUAGGUCCUGGAUGCGUUACUCGAGGCAGUUUUUAUGAAGAAACCUGUUGUCCCUCAAAGGAUUUUGGAAGUUUACUGCCUCUUGGAAUAAUUGAUGCGUUGAUUUAAGUUAUGAAUCACCGGCAAGAUAAAUUUGUGAGGUUUCAGGAUUGGAACUCAGAGAAAAGCUCAGAGGGGAAUUUUCCAUAUAAAGAUGGAGCACACAGGGGCAAAUUUGGAGUCUUCUCUAAUGAAUUUCACAAAGCCCUGGAAAGUGGUUCUGGAAGGAUCAAAAGCAUAAUACAUGCCUUAAAUUCUUGUUUAAGUUGCCUUCUGGCAAAAAGUUUGGGAUCGGAAAAAAAGAUGCUUGAUCCUCAAGGACCGUUUCUUCAGAAGUGGAACAAAAUAUUUGUAUUAUCCUGUGUAAUUGCCAUUUCCUUGGAUCCUUUGUUCUUCUACAUUCCAGUGAUUGACAAUAACAACAAAUGCCUGCAUUUGGAUAGAAAAAUGGAGGUUACAGCUAGCGUUUUGCGUUCCAUCACUGAUAUCUUUUACCUUUUCCAUAUUGUGCUUCAAUUUCGUACUGGUUUCAUCGCCCCUUCAUCACGUGUUUUUGGAAGAGGCGUUUUGGUUGAAGAUCCGUGGGAAAUAGCAAAGAGAUACUUGUCCUCCUACUUCUUAAUUGAUAUUCUUGCUGUUCUUCCUUUACCACAGGUUGCAAUUUUAAUUGUAAUUCCUAAGUUGCGGGGUGCUAAAUCUUUGAAUACGAAGAAUUUGCUGAAAUUUGUCGUCUUCUUCCAAUAUAUUCCAAGGCUCCUUCGAGUAUAUCCUUUAUAUAAGGAAGUCACUAGAACUUCUGGCAUACUUACUGAAACAGCAUGGGCUGGAGCUGCGUUUAAUCUCCUCCUUUAUAUGCUUGCCAGUCAUGUACUUGGAGCCUUUUGGUACCUGUUUUCUAUUGAACGUGAAUCUACUUGUUGGCAACGAGCAUGUGGAAAUAUAUCUGCUUGUCAUCACUCUUCAUUGUACUGUGAUGAUGAUCAUACAGGAUUCAAAACAUUGCUAAAUAGUUCAUGUCCUAUAGAGACACCAAAUACGACACUAUUUGAUUUUGGGAUAUUCCUUGACGCCCUCCAGUCUGGUGUAGUGGAAUCAAUGGAUUUUCCACAGAAGUUCUUUUAUUGUUUCUGGUGGGGUUUGCAGAACUUGAGUUCCCUCGGUCAAAAUCUCGAAACAAGUACCUAUGUCUGGGAAAUUUGCUUUGCAGUUUUCAUUUCCAUCGCCGGCUUGGUGCUAUUUUCGUUUCUCAUUGGAAAUAUGCAGACAUAUCUGCAGUCCACAACAGUAAGACUAGAAGAGAUGAGGGUGAAAAGACGAGAUGCAGAGCAGUGGAUGUCUCACCGCUUACUCCCUGAGCACCUCCGAGAGCGGAUCAGGCGCUAUGAGCAAUACAAGUGGCAGGAAACUAGGGGUGUUGAUGAAGAGAAUUUGAUCCUCAACCUGCCUAAAGACCUCAGAAGAGAUAUAAAGCGUCAUCUUUGUUUGGCUUUGCUCAUGAGGGUUCCAAUGUUUGAAAAAAUGGAUGACCAACUCCUGGAUGCACUAUGUGACCGACUCAGGCCUGUCCUUUACACAGAGAACAGCUUCAUUGUGCGUGAAGGUGAUCCGGUUGAUGAGAUGCUUUUUAUAAUGCGGGGAAAACUAUUGACUGUAACCACUAAUGGAGGGAGGACAGGCUUUUUUAACUCUGAUUAUCUAAAAGCUGGUGAUUUUUGUGGAGAAGAGCUUCUUACUUGGGCUCUGGAUCCUCAUCCAUCAAAUAACCUCCCAAUCUCAACACGAACUGUUCAAGCACUCUCAGAAGUUGAAGCAUUUGCUCUAGUGGCCGAUGAUUUGAAAUUCGUAGCCUCUCAAUUCCGUAGACUUCACAGCAAGCAACUCCGCCAUACUUUUAGGUUUUACUCGCAGCAGUGGAGAACCUGGGCAGCUUGCUUCAUACAAGCAGCAUGGCGUCGACAUUGUAGGAAGAAGCUAGAAGAAUCUCUUUGCGAAGAAGAAAACAGAUUGCAAGAUGCAUUAGCAAGGGGAGGUGGUAGCUCGCCAAGUUUGGGUGCUACUAUCUAUGCAUCGAGAUUUGCUGCUAAUGCACUUCGUGCUUUGCGGCGCAAUACUGCAAAGAAAGCAAGGAUGGCUGACAGGAUAUCACCCAUUUUGCUUCAGAAACCAGCUGAACCAGAUUUUACUGCUGAAGAUAAGUAACUGUAUUUAGUAUUUUGUAAUGCUUGGCCUUCUUGUACAUGAUUGAUUACAUGUUUUUCCUGUAUAUUAGUUUGUAGCUUGUUUGUAGCAAUAUUCUGUAUUUUCAAUCCUCAAUCCAUAUUGGCAAGAAAACAUCAUUUUGUACAAAGGAGAAAUGAUGAGGCUUCUUCGAUUUGUAGUAAUGUCACAUCUCAUUCCUAUUAUAACUACUAUUAUUUGUUUGUUUUCAAAAUACUAUUUAUAUACAUAAGAAAAUGGUCGCAAUGAA